AUGGUCAAGUUCUAUCCUUCUAUCGAGCCCGACCAUCAGGAAUGGAUGCUCAAACAGCCGGUCUUCUUCGUUGCCUCGGCCCCCAGCCGCGGGAGGCACAUCAACAUCUCGCCCAAGGGCCUGCCAUCGACCUCUCUCGCCAUCCUCUCGCCCAACCAGGCGGCCUAUCUCGAUGCUACGGGCUCGGGCAACGAGACGCUCAGCCAUGUGCAUGAGAACGGCCGUAUCACAGUCAUGUUCUGCUCCUUCGAGGCUUCGCCGCGCAUCCUUCGGCUUUUCUGCACCGGCAAGGUAAUCGAGCACGACGACCCGGCAUUCAAGGGCUGGCUCAGCAAGAUGGGCCUCGCAGACAGAUAUAUCGUCAGCGCCAGGGCCGUUAUUGCACUCGAUAUCUUCCAAGUACAAACGUCCUGCGGCUACGGAGUCCCUUUCCUAGCUGUCCGGACAGACGCAGAGACAGGCGCAGUGAAGCCAUAUCUUCAGGACCGGGACACCCUCGUUGACUGGGGAGUGAAGCAUGCCGAGAAGAAACAGCUGGCGAAGUACCAGAACGCGUGGAAUGCAGAGUCCCUUGACGGCCUGCCAGGUCUGCGCGCCGCCAUGGUUGCCAGGGGCCAGUCGCAUGCCGCCAUCACCCUGUCUAUGGCCCUCUGCAAGUAUCGACGACCGGUUGAGAUCGUCAGCGCUGUCCUAUUUACCGUCCUCGCUCUCUGGCUGAGCGGGUGUUUGAAGCAGCCGGCCUUGCUUGGUCAUACAGCUGUCAUAUUAUAA